AUGAAACCAUAAAAAAGCAUCAUCAAAGAACUCAAAACUUACUAACAAGAUCUUUAUAAAUCAGGAAGAGAAGGAAAAUAAUUUAGCAUUAGUGAUUUUCCUAAUAUUUCAAGGAAACCAAUAGAAUGGACAGAUUGUGAUUAGUUUAUAAAACUUCGAUAAUAAAAAUGUGAUAAGAAAUUAGCUAUUAGAUUAUGUUAGUAAUAUAAGAUCCAUAGAUCUUAGUAACAAUUUUAUGAGACUUUACAUAAUGUGAAUAUGGAGAAUGUUGGAUUUAAAAAGAUAUAAAGUGUAAUAAUAUUAAUCUAAUAUAGUCAACUUCAUUUUUAUUAAGAUAGAUUCGAUAAAAUUAAUUUGUUAAAUAAAAAUUUAGAAUGGAAUUUUAAGAGACCUAAAUUGAAAAUAAAAUGUCUACAAUUUUAGAUAAUUCGUUUCAGAAAUUUUAAAAAUCUUUAGAUAAACAUUUAGAAAUUGAGAAAGAUUAAUCUCAUAAAUUUAAUUUAAAAUAUAUGACAAAGGAAGAAUUAUAUUCAAAAUUAUAGAAAUUGUAAAUUAUAUCAAAAUUUAAGAAAAGUUAUUCCAAAAUAAAAUCUAUCCAUGGAUCAUUCUCCAACUAUCAAUUCUUUACAUUUAAAUUUAUUAAAUCCUUCAGGAAAUUCUGUAAAAUAUUUAUCUAUUAAAAGGUACAUAUUUCACAAACUGAACGUAUGUCAUCAAAACAAUUUAUUCCUUAUUCUACUGUAAGAGAAAAUAGAGAAUCAAAUGCUAGUAUUAAAUAGUAAUUUACGAAAUUAUAAAAUUAUCGACAUAGCAAUCCAUCUUUUAAAAUAAUCAAAUAAAAUUAAGAAGUUAGAGCAUCACUUAACUUUUAAGUCAAUUUAACCAAAGAAAUUAAAAGCAUGCAACUUAUAGGUAAUCAAAAUGAUAUACCAGAAACUAAAAAAGUACAUAAAAGGCAUUUAACUAAUUAUGAUAUCACAGGAAACACAGGCAUUUUUUAAUAAAUAAAUUGUUGA